CUUAUGACUGCACGUGGGGGAAGUUAGACACUUCCUGCAGUUUUUUCAGAGCAGCCUGUGAGUACGGCAGGAGCUGGAGCACCCCAUCGUCUCCUCUGCAAACCAAGAAAAAAAAAGUAAGAAACACCAGCUGGAAUAAGAAUAAUGGAAGACUCCCUAGACACAAAAAAUAACUCCACUUGCCCAGGAAUUCCCUAUGAAGAGAGCCAGCCUCUUCUGGUUGCUGUUUACAGCAUCGUUUUUGCCAUAGGCCUUCCAGCAAAUUGCUUAACUUCCCUGCUUACACUGGUACAAAUCCAAAGGAAUAAAAUAAUUGCCAUCUACAUUUUCAGUUUAUCGUUGUGUGAGCUGAUGUAUAUAAGUACCUUGCCUCUCUGGAUUAUCUAUGUGCAAAACAGGCACAGAUGGACCAUGGGUGACACUGCCUGCAAAAUAACAGGAUUCAUCUUUUUCUGCAAUAUAUACAUCAGCAUUCUGCUUUUGUGCUGCAUUUCUCUGGAUCGUUACGUGGCACUGGUGUAUCCUCUGGAAUCAAGGGGGAAAAGAGGACAGAAAAAAGCCAUCAUAAUAGUCUGUUUUCUUUUUGCUGUGGUUGCAGUAAUCCACACUCCAGUAUUCUUCAUGGAAGAUGAGCAAAACAACACAAAUAGAACCUGCUUUGAGACUGUGCCCCUUGGCAUAAAAUUGGCUUCUUUCAGCUUUGCAAGAUUCCUAUUUGGAUUUGCCAUACCCUUCACAAUCCUCAUUUUCACGAACUACAAAAUUUUUCAAAUUACAAAAAGUAGCAGCAGCUUGACUUGUCACCAAAAAACCAAAGUGAAGUAUCUGGCUAUUGCCAUUAUCGUAAUUUUCCUGAUCUGCUUUGCUCCCUACCAUGUGGUACUCAUAAUAAGAGCCAUACACUUCAUGUUUAAUCAGAAUUGCCCAUGUCCAUUUGAAAGGAAGAUAUAUUCAAUUUUUACAGUGUUUCUGUGUUUAGGCACUGCAAAUGGUGUUGCUGAUCCAAUCAUCUACGUGCUGGUUAGUGAAAACAUCAGAAGAGAUUGUUACAGGAGCCUGAGGAGAUGGAGAUUGAACUCAUCCAAGCUAAAUUCAUCCAUUAAUCAAAAGACUGAGAGCAGAAAAUCAAAAAUACAAGAAGAAUCAGGGGAAGAAGGGCAAAGAGAAGAAAACAAAGAACUAACAGAUUCGUCCAACAUUCAAAAGACCUGUACUAGUGGCAGAGACCAAGAAGGUGGCAGCUAGCAGGUAGAUGUUGAAACAAAUAAGAAAUUCCCAAUGCCAGCUGCAGACUGCAGCACACAGGUAUUUAAAUGCUGACAUCAUCUUGCAUGUCCUGCGUGGGUCAGCAACUCCUUGAGGACAUUACAGGAGCAAUAAUUCUUAUUUCUUCUGUUUGUCUCCUGCAAUAAACUUUGCCCACCAGUAUCAUCGGUGAAAAUAUUGCUUUGCUAAGGAUACGUGGAAUAAACCAAGUAAUUUACUUUGAAUCAAACUGAAAUCUUAAAAGCUUAAUUUUUGGACUGAUUCCUUUCCUCACAUGCAGUAAAAUGAGUUUUAUCAUCCGAGCAAAAAAAAAAAAAACCAACCCACUGCUGAGGAGAACAAUGUGUCUUUCCUAUGGUUGACAUUUUUGCUUCUUGAGGAGGUACAUGUUCAGAGUCUCAUAAAUGCACUCUGCCGUUACUGUUUGUGGUUAACCAGUGGAAAAUAUUAAGAAUGAGUAAGUCUUUCAACGAGAGCCUUGAAAAUGUUUCCCAUAGUUCUGUAUGCAUUGUACAUUCUGGGGGAAUUGGAGAGUAAAACAGUGGCCUGGUAACACAGAAUGACAGUACUGCUGCUGCAUUAGUCAAUGCACUGUCCUGAAAUUCUUAAAAUGUACAAUUCUAAUGCUUGACAGUUUACAAUUUGUAAAUUUUACUUGUUUUGCAGCCAAAUCUAGAGUGCACUGACACAUAUAGAAAACUUAGAGAUUUCCAAGUGGAGUCAGGGACUCUUUUAUGCCAUCUUUGAACAUUUGUUGAGCUUGUGUUUCAUUUCUGUGUAAGCUAACACUGUCUGUAAAAGAGCCAAGUGCCUUACUGAUGUGGAAGGGCUGGCAGCCUGGAAAGCACAGCCCUUUCUCCCCAUAGCUGGGAACUCCCUUGGAUAUGCUGGAGGUGCACACAGGAGACCACCCUGCAGCAAAUUUCUUACUGAUGCUACCACUUUUACUAUUAAUAACUUAUUGAUAGUAGUUCCCUGUGCCUUCAAACCAGAAUUUAAAAAUUAAGAAUUGUACAAAUAUGGCAAGAUUUAUCUAAACGCUUCUUCAUAUUUUUGUGUGAUCCAACAGACAAAGAUCAUGAGUCAAUCUGAGUACGAGUUUGUAAAGUGUUUCACAGCAUCAUUUUGUUUCAUCUGUAAUUUUGUAUUUCUGUGAUAUUUUAAAACUGUUAUUUGUUCAUAUUUUUAAUUGAACUAGUAUUAGCCAAUGUUAAUAUUAAUGUAAAU